UUUUAGUGUGAUUAUUGUCGCUAUGAAUAACUGUAAUUUAACUAAAUAUUAAGUAACUAUAGUUUAACAUGUGUAUGUUUAGUGAAAGCGAAUUGUGUCGAGGAAUUCUGAAUAUGGUUUAAUACAAGCAAUAAUCUUUUCUUGUGGAGACCAUCGACGUAUCGAAUAAGUUGGACUGCACUAUGAUUAUUAGGAGAUCAUACAUUGACGGCAGUUGCUGCCAGUUGGAGUUUGUAAAACGCUGAUCGGUGAAGAUGGGGACAGCAACGCGGGCUUCGGGAGGAGGACCUCUAUCCCGUCUACUCAUAUUAGCCAUACUACAUGUUAAUUUUAUAGCGCUAGGCCUCGAACCGGACUUCCUCUAUCCCCUGGAGAACGUGACCAUCGCUCAGGGUAGAGACGCGACCUUCACGUGUGUGGUGAACAAUCUCGGUGGUUACAGGGUAGCAUGGAUCAAAGCGGACACGAAAGCGAUCCUAGCAAUUCACGAGCACGUGAUCACAAACAACGCAAGGCUGAGCGUCACACACAACGAUUACAACACAUGGACGCUGAACAUCCGUGGCGUGAAGAGAGAAGACAGGGGACAAUACAUGUGCCAAGUUAAUACUGACCCAAUGAAAAUGCAGACAGCAUUUCUAGAAGUAGUGAUACCACCUGACAUUAUUUAUGAAGAGACCUCAGGGGACAUGAUGGUACCCGAGGGGGGUGCUGCCAAAUUAGUGUGCAAAGCGAGGGGUUACCCUCCUCCAAAAAUUAUCUGGAGAAGAGAAGACGGAGGUGACAUCAUUUCUCGAGGUGGACCACAAGGGAAAACAAAAGUGACGUCACUCGAGGGCGAAGUGGUGAACCUGACGAAGGUGACUCGAUCGGAGAUGGGCGCUUAUUUAUGCAUCGCGGCUAACGGCGUGCCUCCCUCCGUCAGUAAGAGGAUAAUGCUCCACGUGCAUUUUCAUCCGUUAGUUCAAGUACCAAAUCAGCUGGUGGGAGCUCCCACAGGCACCGAUGUUACUCUACAGUGCCACGUUGAAGCCUCUCCUAAGGCAAUUAACUAUUGGACUAGAGAAAAUGGUGAAAUGAUAAUAUCGAAUGACAAGUACCAAAUGAGUGAAAUCAACAGCUCAGCAUACAGCGUUCAGAUGCGUCUCAUCAUACGAAAUAUACAACGAAGCGAUCUGGGAGGAUAUAAAUGCAUCUCUAAAAACUCUAUUGGAGAUGCUGAAGGGAACAUAAGACUAUAUGAAAUGGAACUUCCGUAUCGCAAGUCGAGGGUCGACGAUGAGUCUGAAACAAAUUAUGUAGAGACAAACGAUGUGCGAUCUAGUCUCCAGGGUCCACUUCGAGAAGGCGGACAUCGGUCUGAAGACAAUGACUUCACAUCACAUCCCUCCUCUGCUGGUCUUCCUAAUAUUAUACCCUUAAUUAUAUUAAGUUGUAUUCUAAUUGCAAUGUGUUAAAUUCUAUAUACUAUACUUCAAUGUUCAUUGUAUUUAUACCUUACAGCAUCGACAAUAUAACCCAGUAGGCUCUCAAUGCUAAUAUAUUCGCAAUUUAAAAAUUUCAGUCAACCAACUGAGGUGAGCGGGCUCGAGUGCUCAUGCUCAUUGGUCAAAAUUGCUAGUAGGUAUUGUAGUUCAAAUAAAUCCACUUUCUUAAUGCGAUACCUGAAAGCGUUCACCCUGUUUCAUUGGAAGUUCGAUGCCUUAAGGUUUUGUUUUAAAGACUAACCUAAUUCAGUUGUUUCUUUGAGGCUGACGUCGAUCGAGCGUACACGCUGACCAUGUUACGUUUAUUGCUGAUUACGCGUGUACAAAUGCAGUCACUGACCUCUACUACGAGUAUAUACCACAGGACUGGCGGCUGUCAAAGUGCUUUUGUGCUUGUUUAAUAUUCACCAUUUUGACGCUGUUGGCCAUAUAGCGAGAGUCUGCGGUACUAAAACUAGUAAUGACAACCUCAGCAAACAUCGAUAGAUGGUGGGAAAGAAUUCACAAAAAAAAAUUGUGUACUUUAUCACGUUAAUUCUUGAAGAAUAAAUAAGACGCAAAACAAACGAAAUUAAUUCAAAAUGAAAAAAAUCUUCAGAGUAUUGUACGUUCCUUCGCAGCCUUAUACGUCAUAAUUAGUUAUUGGGACGCUCGCGAGUAGCGCUUAAAAUAUGCACAAAAAAAUCUGUCAAACAUAUGGAACAUCCAGUGGUAUUUAUAUAGGUCAGUGAUUGCAGUGUAUUAUCUCCAUAGCACGUUAACGGACCGACGUUCUUGAUCGACGAUUUUCGUCACCGCGACGUAUGAGUACGCGCGUUGCGAUUCAUCAGUACUGGACUGUAUGCAUUCGCUUCUACGAUUGACUAACGUCAGCGUUGACCGUCGGUCGGGCACUAAAUGUAGGCCGGUUUCAGUGCUACACCAGCCGUCGGUGCGUACGAUAUGUCUUGACGAUACGUAUUAACCGAACGUCAGUUUGAAUCAUUCAGUGCUCUCCUGACCAACAAACUGACCUGAGUAGUACAUGAAAUGGACACGAAUUUCGAAUAGUACAAUUACUGCUUAUUAUCUUCCUAGACGUUUUAGGAACAGAAAACGUGGAUAUCAUGUUCACCCAAUCCACGCUAAAAGAGCAUUACAACAAUUACAUUUAUUAUUUUAUAUUAAUUAUUUCGCGAAAGAAAAGAAAAAUUUUUAAUUAGUUCAGAAUGUCGAUCAAAAGUUUUGAUGAACUAUAGGCGAAAUUACAAGGCAACUUGAAACAUCAAAACUUAUUUUGAGCUCCUGUAGUGCUUCGCGAAGUCGAAUUCGGUGAUUAAGCAUACGGUGUCGAUAUAUUUGUUCAUGUUCAGUACGAAAUCACUUUUAACGACGGUGAUACAGACAUCCGUACGGUCGGUCUACCAAACGGUGCAGCACUGAACGCGUUCAUGAAAUUCAUAUGUUUCCUAGCGCGUCGGUCGACCGACGGCACGCCUGCGUACGCGCUCGACCGACGGUCCACGUACGCAGUGCGUAGCAAAAUACGCAUGCGCACGGUCGGUCCAGCACAGUACGAUUAAUGAACUUUCAUAUAAAUGACAAGCGCGACUGACGUACGCACCGACGGUCGGUGGAGCACUGAUACCGGCCGUAGCCUGAAUACAUUUCAUCCAUUAAAUGGAUAGGACAAGGUCAUUUUUUAUUCGGCUCUCAGACUAUUAGUUAUUGCGCUCUUUUUUAAUAUAACAUCACGCGUCUUAAAGAAUUAAGACAGUGACAUAUUAUUUCAUUUGCAUUUGUUGUAUUUAACGACAAGCCGAAAAGAUGUAUGAUGUUAAAAAACAUUUUUCUAAUUGUGUUUUUUUCAACGAAUUUACAAGUGCGAAAUAUUAUUAUAAAGUGUAUAUAUAUAUUUGAGGAUUAGAUAAUCACAAAUAAGCUUAUAAAUCUAGCUGUCAGUUGACGUGUAAACAAAACUAAAAUUGAUCGGUGUAAAAAUAAUCCAGUUAUCGUUGUAACUUGUAUGUACAUGUUUAUUGCUAUGUUGUUACAUUAUCAUAGAGUAAAAUGUUAAAAAAAUAUUUUGUAACAAUUAUUCAUAAAAUCAACAUGUAACAUUUAUAUCAGCUGUAAUUUGAAUACAGAAAGUUGCUUCAAAGCUACCAUUUAAUCAUUGUUAGUUUGUUUUUAUAACGAAAUGUACUGUAACGUAUUAGGUUAUUAAAAUGUAUCGUUUGUAAAUAUUAUAAUAUAAGGAUAUAUAUUAUACCAACUCGUUCCCAAUUAUAUACCUGCUUUAUUCAGUUUUAUUACUUGUUCAACAUUUUGUUAAAUUCACAGCUUAUAAAAGCAGACAAAACAUCAAAAAUACAUUUUUUUUUAUGGAAUAGGAGGACAAACGAGCGUACGGGUCACCUGUGGUUAAGUGAUCACCGCCGCCCACAAUCUCUUGCAACACCAGAGGAAUCACAGGAGCGUUGCCGGCCUUUAAGGAAGGCGCGUAUAUACGCGCUUUUUUUGAGGGUACCCAUGUCGUAUCGUGCCGGAAACACCGCACAAGGAAGUUCAUUCCACAGCUUUGUAGUACGUGGAAGAAAGCUCCUUGAAAACCUACAUUUUAUCGUAUAUUGUGGAUAUUAUGUACAAUCAAUGACGUUCUAUUUGUGUUCAAUGUAUAAUGAGUUCUUGUACACAAAAUUUUCUGUAUUCAUGUGUACCUAGCUCACUCAACGACACACGGACGACUGUCAAAUUAAGAAUUUCAAACAAUCUUCAAAACGAACUACUUACGUUUACUUGAAACAGUGAUCAUUUUGAAUACCGCUCUAUAAGAAUAACACAUACAUAUUGGUUUACAAACGGUGUAUCAGGACAAACGUAACAUCUCGUGCGCUUAUAAACAUUUUAAUAAUAACAAAUCAUAUAAAUAAAACAAUAAAUUUAACACAAAAUGUAUAAAAGCCCACCAAGAAUUGUUAGCAAAAUAGAUGUGGACUGAAUAUUGAGAGUUUGUUGAUACCUGUACUGCUCCCAGUGUCUUGCAAGUGUUGACAUACGGAGCGCAAACGUGGUCGCUAACUCGAAGCAAUGGAGAGGGAUAUGCUCGGAGUUUCCCUGCACAGAAAUGAGCAAAUCCGUAGAAGAACCUAAGGCACCGCCAUACUCCAGAUGAUUGCGAAACUGAAGUGGCAGUGGGUAAGGCACAUAGCUUGAUGAACAGAUGACCGUUAGGGCAGCUAAGUCCUCGAGUAGCGACCACGUACCGGAAGAUGCAGUGUUGGUAGGCCCACAUAAGAUGGACCGAUGAUCUGGUCAAGAUCGCCAGAACAGGUUGGAUGAGGACAGUGCGCAGGACCGAUCGUCGUGAAGAUCUAUGGUGGAGCAAUUUGUCCACGUCUUUCUUAUGAAAUGAUGAUGUACUGCUACCACAACUUUUCUGCUUCUCUUGAUGAUUGAUCUUUCUCGUGAUGCACACGGUGUUUUUCUACUAUUGUGAUUUGGUUUGAAAAUGUAGAUUGCAUUACUGUUAUAUUGAAUAGAUAUUCUGGUUAAAAUCAGGGAGAGCAUAUACUUGUGCAUUUAUUUACUUCCAAAUAAUUCACUAGUAAAGGCAUAUAAGUAUAUCAUACUGCGAAAUAACGCUUUAUAAAUAAAGACUGCUUGCGAUUUCCGAAUGUUAUACUACGUCCUCGCCCGCACCCUACCCCAAAGAGACACUAUUUCUGACCUGCUGGCCUACCAUGAACUCUUACUACGAUUCAAUUGACAACCUAAACUGAACUGCUUUUUCGUACCACGACGUGAUUAGAGCUAUCUAAUUUAGGUUGACGUCAAAUCAACUGAUUAAAUCGCAAUGAUGUCAAUUGAAUGUCAAAAAUGAUAUCAACUGAAUAUCAAACUGAUUUAGCUCGUUCAUUCAUUCCUACCAUGAGGUGUUUUUUCAACCUAAACUGGAUAGCUUAUUUGUCAAAGUGACCGAUUCGAAAAAAGUUGCUACUUCCUCAGAGUAAAGUGAAUCGUGUUGUUAAUAAUUUUUAAAAAAUAGUGUAAACAUAGAAAUGAAAAAUUUUAUUGAUUAUAGAUGAGAUAAGAAUACUUUAUUGGACUUUUUUGUAAAACAAAAUACCAAAAAUGAAAAUACUAAAGACGAGGCAGUAAGGGCCCGCGCUAUAGCCUGUUCGCAAGAACGAAUUAAAAAAAAUGUACUCUGUGGUCCUGUCAAAUCAAACAUCAAUGGAGGUGCGUUCAUAACUCGUUAUUUUUACGAAAACACAUAAGCAAACAUUUAAUUUGUAAUUCAAAGAAGUAUAUUUAUUUAUAUUACUUUUAUUUAAUAAGUAUAAAAUGGCUUAAUGGUUAAUAAUUUGACGAAUUUUAAAAUGUAUUUUUAGUAUUUUCUAAGCAAAAAAACCGCUAAAAUCAUAUCAUUUUAGGUUUCGAAACGCAAUUUUAUUUCGUUCAUUCUUCAUAAGCGAUCCAAACGCCAUUCAGUAAAAGGCACUUCAUGGUACGAAUUUUAGUGAUUCAGUUUAGGUACUGAAGUGCAUCGGAAUCGCAUCGCUUAUUAAAAGUUGAUGGUAGGCCCUCUGUUAAAUCAUUGAAUUCAGUGACAUUGGGCGUGUGAAUUAUUUUAGGUUUCUAUCCACCAUUGUAUCUCUAUGCUUCAUGUUUUGUGGAUGUGUAUAAAUUGCUAAUUUUACAUAAUCUUAUAUUGCAUUUAUAUUAUUUUAUGUUAUGGAAGUUGAAUGAGUAAUUUAAAUGUUUACAAUUUAUAUUUUUAGAUACUUAUGUAUAGUUAUUAGUCAAAUCCAAGUAUGUAUCAAAAUGCCAUGUAAUAAAUUUCAAAUUUUCUUUAUUCAAUAUUGAUUUUUCGAAUAUGUAUGUUUGAUUCAUGAUUUAAGUACAUUCCAUAUGUUCCAACUGGUGUUUUGAUACUUAAGUAGUAGCCAAUUUUUUUUUUAAAUCAUUAUCCAAUGUCCGUGUAACAAUUGUAUAGUAUUAUUGCCUGCAAAGUAUAAUCGUUAAACAUAAAA